AUGAUCAGCGGUAAAUUCAAAAUGGCGGCUGCAGCACGUUGUUUGCGUUCCCUGACUCGUUCAACAUCUGCAGCAAAGGUGAUCGAUGUUAAAAGACCAGUCUGAUCCAUUAACUAUAAAUGCUAACCUUUAUUUUCACAUCUCUUACAGCAUUUGUCCUCCUACGUCGUGAAAAAUGUUUCACAAAGUGAGUAUAAAACUUAUGUGAUCACCACCGCAACACAUGUUCUCAAAGGCAUACCGGUAAUCGUAUUCAUUAUCCCCUCGAUAACGAUUUUCUUUAAACUUUUACUUACAGAAAGAAUGUAUUUCCCAUGAAUCUGCUCAGAGUGUUCCAGUGUUUAAUCUUUCAAGCUAAUCUCUGUCGGUGUACUUUAUAAUAAUCUUUAAACUAAUGGCUGGUCAUAUCAUACAUGAUAUUGUUUACGUUUUACGUUUGUAUACUUUUUCAAUGCUCAAAGGUUGCAAUGAAUUUUCUAAUGUUUGAACUUUGGGUAGUGUAUACUGUAAUCUAGUAGAAUAAGUUGUCGGUAUUUUUUUCGUUUCAUUUAUUUAUUUAUUUAUAUCAGAAUCAAGUUCCAGUGUGUCAUCACCACUCCUGAAGUCAUUCCUCAGCACUGACGGUGGAUUGUAAGUACAUUUGGGAUUAAAAUGUAAUUCAAGAAGACCUGAACAAUUGAGAUGAUUAUAAAAUCUUUAAAUCUACAUAAUUUGUUGGCUUGAAAUAUCUUUAAACCUCAGAGAUUUUGAAGGAUUACAUAACUUACGGAACCCUAACCCAAAGCAAUUUUUGGUCCCAGUGAUCUGAUAUCACUGCUUGAAGUGCAGUAAUUGCAUUAAUUUGAACUGAUUUCUCUAAAGGAUAAGAGGUUCAGGAAUGUCAUCCAGGAUUAGUUUUAACAAAAGAUUUGCACCAGUGUCCUUUGUCUGUAAGUACAGCAUAAUUCCUUGUUUUGUGUAUUGUUCUGUGAUGUCUUCAAAGCCAGCUUUUAGCUGUCACAUCCAAAAGGAACUUUGGAAUGCUAGCCACAGCUGUAUUCCUUGGGUUAAUACAUAAGUAAGUGAUAAAAGCUUUCUAUAAAGAGGUAGGCACCCAUGGACACUUAAACAUGUGAAUAAACUUGAAAUUUUCACCGAUAAUUUCAUCACAACAUUGCUUGAAUGUGAAUUAAUAUGUCUUAAGAAGAGGUAUUUUGCCAAAAUUGAAUUUAAGUUUUGUUCUUCUCACAUAUAAUGCCUUCUGGGAGAAUUAUGUCAACACCAGGUUCAUGCUGUGAGCCGCCAGCUGACAAUGUCAGUAAUGAACUCUUGAGUGCACUUCAUCCCUUUUACAGUUAUAUCUGUAAUUCAGCAAUCUGCAUGUCCACACUAUUUUAUUUCUUGAAUAACUUGAAACCUAAAAAGUAAGUAAUAAAAUGAAGAAACUUUAAUAGGUAAACUUAUUUAAUAGGUAACUGUGGUGCUGCGUCAGUGGGAGAGUACAAUAGGGUAGUUUAGUAUUAUCAACUAAGUUGAUAACUAAGACUGACCACUGUAAGGGAUUUCAAAGCUGCUAAGGGUGUUAGCCCUUAAUCAGAGUGAAUCACAGGAAUUAUUUGCUUUGACAAAGGGCUAACACUCAAAAUGUGAGCUUUGAAAACCCUUACGGCAGUAAUUUUACAUAAUCAACUUAGUUGAUAAUACUAAAUUACCCUUUAAUAAGUAGUUGUUUUUUCUAUCAACAGGUGCUGUUCCCAAGGCUUGUCCCCUCUCAAUCGAUGGAGGGAGUGAUGGAGUUGAUGCUUUGGAUGGUAACCUUGGUGAUGAUGAUGGUGAUACUUGGUCUCAGGGUGAAGAUGAUCCUUAUUUAGGGGUCACAUGACAUAUGGGGGAUACUGAAUGAUGCCUUUGGAAACUGCUCCCUGCUCAUUACUUUUUAUCAGUAACUGCAAGAACUUUUUACAUCAAAUAUUAAAUAUUCUGUGAACUGAGAAACAAUAUUGUUUGUUUGUUUGUAUUUUUUUCCUGUGAACUGAGUUAACAUUUAGCAGUAAAUAUUUCUUUACAUUUCUUUCUUUUUGGAUUUAAAUUAUUGUCAUGAUUUCUUCCUGUGAAUUGAUGUUACAUUUAAUAAUACAUUUUUCUUCACAUUUCUUUUCGAAUUUGAAUUAAUGUUUGAAUUACUAAAAAUCAGAAAACUUGAACCAAUUUGUUUGAUUUAUUGAAUCAAAUCUGUUGUGGUGAUCAUUUUUCCAAUCCAAUUUUUAAGACUUUGUUUGUAGAAGAAUAAAUGAACUUCUCAGAAAAACUCUGUUCUUUAAAAUGUGAUCUGUAAUUUCUUACUCACAUUGCCAUUUUUCCUAUCUUUUGUUUCACUGAUAACUAACAAGUUCUACAGUCAUUUUAAUGAUAUGCUGAGUUAUGGGAUCAGAUUAAGAAUAGUGUUUGAUGUCAGUUAGGACUGCAUGGGAUACAUGUAUGCAUCUGUGUAAGUGCACUUACUAUUGCUUUGAC